UUUUUUUUUGAGGUACCAUAUUGCAAUUCUUUUCAUACUCUAUAGACAGAGACAAUAAUAUCAUGGUGUCCAUUUGUGCUUUGUGUCCAAGUAAAAAGCAAGGAAGCCUUAACUUAUUUCCUGUUCAUUUCUCAUUGUGUACAACAUAGCCUUGUUGAUGUAUUCUGUAUAUCCUCAUAAACCAGUGAUUAAAAUGGAAAGGAUUUGAAGAGGCAUUGCUCAUGGGAUGCUGGAGGUGUGGCACUUUAGCAGCUUGGAAAACAUUCUGACUUUAAAACAGUAACACCUAUAAUUACAGAGGCGUCAUCACCUCCAUUUUUUUUCUUUUUUACUAACAAACUGUAGUCAUAGCGUGUGUACACCCUUACCAAAAUCUGCCAAGCAUUUGCUCCUGGGAUAAUGAUGGUGGUUGUGGGAAUAUCAAACAUCUCUUUCUCCAGGCACUUGUAAAACAAUACAGCGGUAAACAAUUCAAGAGCAAUUAGCAGCCUGCAUUGGUGGAGGGGGAGGGAAAAGUCCCACUGCUCUUAUUGUCUAUGGAAUUAAUCUUGUUUUAUAGAGUUAAUAUACUGAUUUAAAAUUUGCAUAUUUAAAAACAAGAGCCAAGAAGUUUACAAUAAACAAAGUUUAUUCUGGGUUUAAAUAUAUAACAUAAAUAACUCUAAAGCACUUCAGUAAGAGAAAAAAUAGCUUCUCUUGAUGUGCAAGCUAUCAUCUAAGAAUUGCACUAUAUACUUUCUCCUGCUGUAGUUUCCUAUCAGAAAACAAUGAAGUAAAAUAAAAAAAAGGUGAAAAAGACUAAUUAUAUUUAAAAAAAUGUAACCUGCCUCUUCCAAUCACAUACAUCUAUAACAUAUUCCACCAUAUGUCAAAUGGGUGGGGUAGAUUGUGAAGGUUAGUAUUUUGUUACUGCCUUUUGAUAAUUGAGUCUAUUCAGUAAUACAAUGACAUAAUGAAAUUAUGUACUUACUCUCUUUGAAGAUUACUCUUAAAGUACAGCUAAACUAUCUUUGUCUUUGCAAAUAUUUAUUUGCAAUGAUUUUCCUCUUAAUUAUUUAAAAUAUAAUGAAUUAGGCAUAAGUACUUUGCCAUUAGUGUAAUUUAAAGUGUAAUUGCACAUCAGAAGCAUCUUCGGAAUAUGCUUCUACAGUAUUUACUUUUUCUGCCAAAAGGUGGCAUCCUACUACCAUGCCCUUUCUUUCCUGUGAAAAUCUUCCUGCUUUAAUUUGCCAAGAAACUUCCACUUGAUUACUGAUCAAGAAAUUAAAAUGUGCUCUAUAUGAAUGCAACGUGACAGUGUUGAAAAUGAACAAUAUGGUAAGAAGCAGUUAAGUUCCCCACUAACAUAUAGUAAAUGGACAUGCAGAUUUUCACCACUUCAGCUGACUAGACAUUGAAAUAUACAAAAUCAUAUAGAGCAACACUGAAAAUAAGCUCCCCCUCUUUAAUGAGAACCUUGUUUCUGAAAGUCAAAAAUGAGGUGAGUACAAUUACCAAAAAGCAAAGGAAUGGAAAAAAUGAGAUUAUUAACAGUUCCCACUUAGUUGAAAGAAAAUAGUUCCUGCUAAUAAAGCAUGUUGCUCAAUAAUUCCUAGAAUCAAAUUUCCAUCUAAAUUGUUCCUUACAGAACACUGCAGAAUUGCUGUCACACUAUUACACUGGAUGUUUCUGGGUCCUCAUCACCUCUGAAAUCACCAGGCCACUGAUUUAGAUGCCUAAAUAUAAAUGCAGAAGCCUAGCUUUAAGCACCUUCUUUUAUAAAUCUGGCCAUUAUCUUUAUUUCUGAAAGGGUGUGAUACUUCAAUACAUCACUUAUUGUAGAUAUGCUCAUGGGGCAAGCUGAACAUUUUAGAGUGGAAAGGUAAAAUGUUCAUCUUCAAUCUAUGCAGCUGAUCUCUGCUGGGCGUUCUAUAAGCAGCCCUCUCAAACAUCAGACACCAGUGGGCAUUCUUCACACAGAAUAAGUAUAAGAUAGACUGUGUGCGGGGGGGUUUAAGCAGGAAAAAUUCUACAUGUAUAAUUUUAACUAGUGGGACUGCUAACACCACCCAAUCGGUAGGGCCUGUCAGUUCCUCCAUUUCAAAUUAUGGCCAAAUCCUGGACCUGUUGAAGUCACUGGCAAAACUGCAAUUGAUUACAAUGGGACCCGCAUUUCAUGCUUGGAGUUUGUUAAUCUCUUGUCCUCUUUGCAGUGUCAUCUGCUCGGUCAGACACACAACAGUUGGUUGUAUAGGAGUAACUAUCACUGAACUGAACAACUGUAGUACUAAGAGUCCAACUAAAUGCCACUCAGAUAUAGAAUAAAUAUGGUAAAAUUACAGUUCUAGGUUGUAACUCUCUUCAUUUAUGCCAGUGUGGUUCAUACCACAUACGCAAAAUGGUACUUGGGCAUGAUACUAUUAAGUAUUAGUAACACUUGGAACAAUAAAGAGAGUUUAAAAAUUCAGUUUUUUUUUAAACUUAAUACAUUUUUACUCUGAAGCUGCUGAAGUGAUGAGUUUUACUAUUAUCAGUUAGAUGGACACUGAGGAUCCAAUCCUGCAGUCAUUCCUCAGUCAAAACACCUACCAAGAUCAAUGGGGAUUUUGUUCUAAACAUGGAAUGCAGGCUGAGGAUCCUGCUGCUAAGCCAAGAUCCUGUAAGGUCUGAACUCAUGCAGCAAUGGGCCCUCUCAUGUGAGUAUGGGCAUCUCAGGUAACAUUUCGUAGGAGUGGGCUCUUGAUUUACUAAUGGCCUACUUUCCUCUGCCUGACACUGGUAAAAAUAGGAAAAUAUUUAUUGGUUAUUUUAUACAUAUUAUUUAUUAACAAUAGAGCUGUGCAAGUAAGUCCUUAUAUUAAGCACCGUAGCGAGGGAGUGUUUACACCAUAGUCAGGAAUUCUGGAUUCUAUUUCUGGCUUUACCACUGACUCAUUGUGUGAUUUUAGGCUGUUAAUGUGGCCUCUCUGUGCCUCGCAUACCUAUCUAUAAAACAGGAUGAUUUUCCCCUACCUUACAGGGAUGUUGGGAGGCUUAAUUAUUUUUUGCAAAGUGCUUUGAGAGCCUCAUAAAAGGCCCUGAAUUAUAAUUGAUAGUGCAAAAUUAUUACUUUUCAAACUGGUUAUAAACUUGAUUUUUUUUUUUUUUUUAAAAAGGAAGGCCUGGAUCAUGUUAUGGGUUCAAGUGUUUAAAAAACACAGAGGUUUGCAAGCAGCAAGACUGCAACCUAACUGUUCCAAACUGGCUUAACGAAAUAAAAGCAACCAUACUAUUAACUAGCCACUACUGCUAUGGCCUUAGUAAUAUAACUCUUCAGUGGUACCUAUCCUAUUCCCCCCGCCCUUUUUAUUUUUCCUUUCUUAAGGAGGGGGGUUAAUUUAGUGCUAAGAGUUAAGAAAUAAUGCAGCAUUUAUUCAGCAUCCCUUGCCGCCUUUAUUGGAUUUUUCACAGGCGAUUUAACUUCAAGCCUGGUUGCAACACACUAACCAAUCUCAUCGCUUUUUUUUUUUUUUUUCUUCCCUAUCCUGAGCACUGGAUGUAAACUACCCGCAACCCUUUCCUCCUGACCGGUAUCUCUGCAACCCGCAGGUAACUCGUGUUAAACAACGCAUCGCCCCAGACUCCGAGCCUGUUCCUAGAAGGAGCAGCGAAGGGGGUGGGAAAAAACAACCCAACACGCGACUUGAAGGCACUUUCCCCCAGCGGCGCCUCGCCCGGACUCACCCCAGCCCCAGCGCGCGUGUAACCGAGCUCCGUGCCCUUUGCAAGGCGAGACUCGCUCGCGCCACACGCCCGUUUCCUUGCACGCCGGGGCUUGCCCUUCUGCUGAACUUUCACCUCCCGAACUCGCCCGCUUUCAGUGGCGCAAGUGCCGAAAACCCCCGAGAGAGGGGAGAAGCCUCUCGCUCCAGCGCUGCCUCCGACCCGCUCGCACGCCGGCCGCUUGCUCCGGAUGGUCUCUCCCCCACCCCGAAGCAGCUCGCCUGGCCUCCGGACGGGAACGAGCCCCGGCCAACAGUUGUCUCGCCCCGCUCGCUGGCCCCCAGGCGUCCCCCUUUGGCCCAGCUCGGUUGCUUCCCCCCCCCCCCUUUAGCCGAGCUGCUCUGCCCUGCACCCCCCGCGCCCCGGGUCUCGCCUGGCCGCGCCCCCUCUCCCGCUUUUUUGCAACUGCGAGCGCUCUGCGUGCGUGUGUGCGCGCGUGUGUGUUUUUUUCUUUGCACCGAGCCGUGUUGUUUACCCAGCAGGUGGAUGUGACGUCAGAGACUCAUAACAGCAAAAAAUAACAACAUCUCCCUCCGCGGGGGUGUUCUUUCUCCCGCCCCCCCCCCCCCCCCCCCGCGCGCGCGCUUUGCCUCCUGCUUCCUCCCUGUCGCCAAACUCCAGAGUGGCCGCGCAAGGCGCCUGGAGCCGAGCCCGGGAGCGGCGGGGGGCCGGGCCGGCCCCGCCAGGCGCUGGGCUCCCCGGGAAGCUAGUCCCGAGCGGAGGGCUCUAUUGUUAUUUAUUGUGCGGCUGUUGCACGCUGUGCCUGCUGCCCGGGCUCGGCGCAUGGGGCUUGCCCGGCUAGAGUGCAGGGAGGGACGGGCGGGCGGGCAGACUCACCCGCGCUGGGGGGGGAGCCCGUAGUGGGCACCGACAGGCCGUCUCCAGCGGUCAAUCUCCUGAGAACCACUUUCUGAGUGAUUCCAGCUUCCGAACAUGUUUCCCAUGGUAGGGGUUUUGAUCUCUUGCCAGAUUUGCCCUGAGCCAUGAGUGAAUAGGUGUAAUGCCCACAAGUAAAACUGGGUAAGAAGAGUGACCUUUUUGGGUGGCUAGAACUGAAGAUUGCUUUGCAGAAGCAACUAAAGUAGGUUUUUGAGUCAUGAUGCAAGAAUCUGGGAUUGAGACAAAAAGUAAUGGUUCAGCUAUUCAGAAUGGAGCAAGCAGUGGCAACCAUUUACUAGAGUGCAGUCUACGGGAAGUGAGAUCCAACGGUGAGACACCUUCAGUUGAAAUUGGAGCUGCAGAUUUAGCACAUCUUCAGCAACAGCAGGCUCUGCAGGUGGCACGACAGUUUCUACUGCAGCAGCAGCAACAAGUUAGUGGAUUAAAGUCACCCAAGAGGAAUGACAAACAGCCAGCCCUUCAGGUUCCAGUGUCAGUGGCUAUGAUGACACCUCAAGUUAUCACUCCCCAACAAAUGCAGCAGAUCCUCCAGCAACAAGUGCUAACUCCCCAGCAACUCCAGGUCCUGCUCCAGCAGCAGCAGGCACUCAUGCUUCAACAGCAGCAGCUUCAAGAGUUUUAUAAGAAACAACAGGAACAGUUGCAGCUUCAACUUUUACAGCAACAACAUGCUGGAAAACAGCCUAAAGAGCCACAGCAACAGCAAGUGGCUACUCAGCAGUUGGCCUUUCAGCAGCAGCUCUUACAGAUGCAACAACUGCAGCAGCAGCAUCUCUUGUCUUUGCAGCGCCAAGGUCUGCUAACAAUCCAGCCUGGCCAAGCUGCUCUCCCGUUGCAGCCUCUUGCUCAAGCAUUUGCUGCCUUCCACUUCCAAACUGAACAUUGCCCUCAUACGCUGAAAGGCAUGAUUCCAACAGAACUGCAGCAGCUCUGGAAAGAAGUGACAAGCUCUCAUACAGCAGAGGAAACAGCAAGCAACAACCACAGCAGUUUGGACCUCUCCACCACAUGUGUCUCCUCUUCAGCACCUUCUAAGACCUCCUUAAUAAUAAACCCACAUGCCUCAACUAAUGGACAGCUAUCGGUCCACACUCCUAAAAGAGAGAGUUUAUCCCACGAGGAGCACUCACAUAGCCAUCCGCUCUAUGGACAUGGUGUAUGCAAAUGGCCAGGCUGUGAAGCAGUUUGUGAAGACUUCCAGUCAUUUGUAAAACAUCUCAACAAUGAGCAUGCGCUGGAUGAUAGAAGUACAGCCCAAUGUAGAGUACAAAUGCAGGUUGUUCAGCAGUUAGAGUUACAGCUUGCAAAAGACAAAGAGCGCCUGCAAGCUAUGAUGACACACCUGCAUGUGAAGUCAACUGAACCAAAAGCCACCCCUCAGCCUCUGAAUCUGGUAUCAAGUGUCACACUGUCAAAGACUGCCUCUGAGGCUUCUCCACAGAGCUUACCUCAUACUCCGACCACCCCAACUACACCCAUCACUCCUGUCAUCCAGGGACCUUCUGUCAUCACUACCACCAGCAUGCACAACGUUGAACCAAUCAGGAGGCGGUGCCCUAAUAAAUACAAUGUGGCCAUUUCUUCAGCAGAUCUUGCUCAGAACCAAGAAUUUUAUAAGAACGCAGAGGUUAGACCACCAUUCACAUAUGCAUCUUUAAUUAGGCAGGCCAUCCUCGAAUCUCCAGAAAAGCAACUAACACUAAAUGAAAUCUACAACUGGUUCACACGAAUGUUUGCUUACUUCAGACGCAAUGCAGCGACGUGGAAGAAUGCAGUGCGUCAUAAUCUUAGUCUUCACAAGUGUUUUGUGCGAGUAGAAAACGUUAAAGGGGCAGUAUGGACAGUGGAUGAACUAGAGUUCCAAAAACGAAGGCCACAAAAGAUCAGUGGUAACCCUUCUCUUAUUAAAAACAUACAGACCAGCCACACCUACUGCACACCUCUCAAUGCUGCUUUACAGGCUUCAAUGGCUGAUAAUAGUAUACCUCUAUACACUACUGCUUCCAUGGGAAAUCCCACUCUGGGCAAUUUAGCCAAUGCUAUGAGGGAAGAUCUUAAUGGUGCAAUGGAGCAUACGAACAGUAAUGAGAGUGACAGUAGUCCAGGACGUUCCCCUAUGCAAGCAAUGCACCCUGUGCAUGUCAAAGAAGAACCGUUGGAUCCGGACGAAAACGAAGGCCCGCUAUCCUUAGUGACAACAGCCAAUCACAGUCCAGAUUUUGAUCAUGACAGAGAUUAUGAAGAUGAACCUGUAAAUGAGGACAUAGAAUGAGUAUGUCUGACGUCAUUAUCCUGAGAAUGAAGAUUGGAAAAACAUGUCAAAUUUAGCUGCGAAAUCUCUCCAUUAUUGUACAGUCUGGAGGAUUUUCAGUACACUUUGACAGCUAUGAAAUAUGUUAACUCUUAGUGCCAUCAAGUAUCCCAUUUGGGAGUAUUUUUGAUUUUUCUACUUUUUGUUGAAAAAAGGAAUUUGUACUCUGUGCAUUGGAUGGACUUGUUUGGUACUUGGGAUUUUCCUCUCUUACAGUCAACAUCAGUGUUGUAAAUUUGCUAAACUGAUUCACUUACUCACAUUUAGCAGCAGGUUUUGGACUGCAGUCCUGCCAAUUUUGGACACUGAGGACAUCAAACUCUGAGCAUGUACACCUAACUGCAGAUCAAGCCUUUGCCCAGAUUUUAAGGAUUCCAAUGGACAAGAUAUUUGCACAGUACUGCAUGUUGGUUAUCACUGCCUUUAGUCCUUUUUUUUUUUUUUUUUUUUUUUUGCUUCCAUUUGGGAUGGGGAAGGCGUGUGUGUGUGUGUGUGUGUGUGUGUGUGUGUGUGUACUGGCGAGGGGUUACAAGAAAUAUUAUCCCAAACUUUUUAAUGUAUUGCUUUUAUUUCCCCCCCCCCCCCCCACUUCUGCUCUACCAUUUUAAGUUCUGACCUCAGGCCACAUCUCGGCCCAGGGCCUCUUGAAGGCCUAAUGUUUUCUGUACUUUGUGAUGAAUGUUAAUAGGUGUUUUUAUUAUACGAAGCUGAAUGUCAUUGAAUUGUUUGUAGUUUUUUCCGUCAUUCAUUCCAGUCUCCUUCAGAUGCCACCAUGUUUUCUUUAGCUAUGGAAAACAUUCCAUUUGGUGUCUGUUUUUUUGAAAAGGUCCCAAAUGCUGCACUGUACACACCGAAGGGUCGUCCAACAGAGAGAGAAAGAAAAGAAGUACUGUAAGAAUGAGAAUGAAUGACAGAUGAAUAUAGAAAUACUGUAGGAAGCAACAUAAAUUCAUUCCACAAAGCAGGGUUUUUUUAGUUUUGGUUUUGGUUUUUGAUUUUUUUUGGCAGCAAUGGUGAAUAUUAGCAAAUGCCACAAAAUUGAACAGCACAAAGAAACAUAUGCAGCACCAACAGAAUUCACUUCAUUAGAGAAUGAAUACUACAGUGGCAGGCUCUCAGUUGUUUAACAUGAGUUUGAAUGGGCCAACAAAUCUUUCUGGACUAUCUAAGAUUACCAAAAUGGGUAGCUAUCCAUUUAUUAUUAUUUUUCAUUUGCGAAUAGUGGUUGGAAAGAUGACUUCAUUAAACCGUUGUAAUACGUGGUUAUGUUUCUCAGCUAAACAUCAGUUCAGGAUUGCUUGGUGGCAUUAAUCUGUUCGAAUACAAAUUAGAUUUCAGAUUGAACUUGUUAUGGCAGUUAAUAAGGACUGAGCCCACUAAUGCAAAAGUGUUAAUAAUUUCAACUUUGCAAAUUCUGUACUGCAGUUAAGAUUGUUAUGCAAUAUUACACCAGCCAGUAUCAAAACCUCACAGUAGAAAACAGUAAAUAGCAGGAUCGGGGGGAAGGAAAUAGCACUGGGGCUUGUUUGGUAAAACUGGCAGUGCUCUUCAAAGCAAACAUUAUAUACAGAAAGCUGUUGUUACAGGUCAGUACACCUCAGUCACCAAACACCUAAACACUUUCAUUCUGCAACCACUUUUCUGUCACUCAUUUAUUUAUGUAGGACUGUAGCUUUUUGUUUAAUUAUUAUUAUUUCAAAAAAAAGCCUUUCAGAGCUUAAUUUAUAUUCUUCUUUGUACCUUUUCCCCCCUAAAAUUACCAAAGAUAUUACACAAAGGUAAAUUAUGUUCUCUAUUAUAUGCUUUAUCUUAUGAAGCCAAAUAUCCUCUUAUUGUUGAUCAAGGGAGGUUGAAGAAUUUAGAGGGAAAUGACAAGAUAUGGGCUAUUGCUAACCUGAGAGGGAAACUGCUCCUUUAUUCUAGUAAAUUUAGAUGGCCAAGUAGAUGACUGAACCAAAGUUACUUUUUAUUCGUAUUCCUUUACAGCGACCAAACUGAAAUUCUGUAAAGAGAAAUUGAGAAGAGCUUUUGAGGCUAAAACUAGGAAACAGUGUUACAGAGGGAGCCAUAAGAAGGGAGCUGGAGAAAGCAAGUGCAGAUAUUUUGCAGAAAAUUGGAGUAUCAAAUAAAGGAGACAGUUCAAUAAAACGCAAAAGAGAACAGAAAAGCUCCCAUAGUUUUACUGGACCACAUAAUAGUAUUCCUAGAAUUGAAAAAAAAUAUUUUGGGGUCUUUGUUUUUACAGAUUGUAUGCCACUUUUGUUUAAGGAUUGUGCUAAGAUGACUGCUUUAAUUUUGGUUUAUCUUGGCACAUUUGCUGAGUUUUGUUUAGUUUUUGAUCAGCAUUUUUCAUAAGGAAAUAACACUCCUGUCCACACGUAAGUUUUGGUACAAGAAAUUUUAUUGGCAGUUACUUUUCUGAAGCUCAACUCUGCAUUCUGUUUUUAAAAGAGAGAAAAGAAAAGGAAAAAAAAGGGCAGUCUGUGGUCAUUUGAAACUUUUAUUUUUUUUUAAUUAUAUCCAGGCAGCUUCAUGAUGUGCCGGCAGUAGCCAGAUGGGGAUCAUGAGAAGUGGUCCCUGUGCUUCUAAACUGAGUGGUUUGCUGGUUAGUUCGGUAUUCAAAAGAGGAUAAAAAUCUGGUAGAUUAGUUCAUUCUCAGCAUGUGUAGCUAGACAUGAGUAAAGAUAACAGCAUGAGAAACUGUUAGUACGCAUACCUCAGUUCAAACUGUUAGGGAAUGAGUAAAUAAAAAAAAUACAUUUCACUCAGUUGCACUUAGUUGUAUGUCUUGCAUGCUUAGUCUAAAGACUGUAGCAAAAUAAAGAAAGAAAAAGAGAAAAAGAUAUAAAAAUUAGAUUUUAACAUAUCUGGCAGGUGUCACAGCCUUGCAGAAGAACCAACUGAAAAUCUCAGGCUUUACAUCAAGCAAACUUCACUAUGAUUUUUACAGUUCUGAUUCUGUAUCCCUUUGGAUAUACAGUUGCUUCUUUAGGGUGGGUUUAUUAUGUUGUACAUAUAUAUCCCAAUGUGUCUGUGUCAGCCUUUGUCUUUUUGGGGGGGGGGGAGGGAGGGAGAAAAGCGGAAAAGGUCCUUUUUUUUUUUUUUAGAUACCAUUCCUCAAAAGGAAUAAAUGCAUACUUGUUUGUCAAAACACCUUUUGCUUUUUGUGCAACUGCUUUAUAUUAACUAUACUAAAAAAAAAUAGCUUUGGAAAAAAAAAACUACUGUAUGUAAUGGAAUUGCAGAAUAUGCUGCACAUGUAUUUUAUUUAGUUAUCCUUGCUUUAAGAAUAUUGGAUGACAUUUGCUGACAUGUGGGAGAAAAUCCCUGACUUUUUUUUUUUGCUUUUAAAUUGUAACAUAGUUGACAGAUUUUUUUUUCCUGUUUAUCAUUGAUCGAAGCCUCUUUUGUACAGUUUGUGUUAAGCUGGGUUUUUUUUUUUGUUUGGGUUUUUUUUUAUACUUUCCAACCCCUUCUGUUAUCUUACCACUGCCAUUUCUGGCUGUCUUAAACAAAGGUUCAUACAUUUGAAAAGAAAAAAAAAAGUUGUUUUAAAAAUGUUUUUCUCCUGCUGCAGUAAAUAUUUUGCAUGAUGAAUUCCAGGGUCACACUUUCAAAGUUUAUCAGUGAAGUAGUGAUUAAUAAUGGGGCGUGUCAAACUAUUGAACUUUUGUAUAAAGGAAAAAAAAACUUUACAAGGUGCCAAGAUGUAAAGACAAUUUGUUACAUGUUUUUUUUCUCAAAGAAAAGCGUACAUUAUGAAAGUAGUACCAUGUAUCAGGUAAAUCGCUGUCAGGAAUGAGAGUCAAAGCCUUCCUUGUCCACAAAGAAAAGUUUGUAAAUGUAAAACCUGUUAGGUUUCUGCAUUUGAUUAGAAGUGAUAUGAAAAAUCAAGGCUUAUGUAGAACAACGGUGACCACAAAAUAUUACCUUUUUUGAUUGUCGCUUAUGAGAGUUCAAGUAUAAUUCCCAGCACUCUUCUUAAACUCAGAUUUUGGGGGAGAGAAUGGGGCAGGGUUUGUGAUUCUACAGAUACUGCAGAUCAUUAGAUAUUUUAUAUAUACGUAUGUAUAAAAGUUUUUAAAAUAAUUUUAAACUAUUGUAGUUUUCAGAUUGCCAACAAGCUACAUUCCUUAUAGCGUGAAGAAUGUGUUAAACUCUUUUGAAAUCCUUUGGUACCUUUGGUUAAUGUACUCAGACUGAAUUUUUAGAUGUUUCAGAAAUCACUUAGCGUUCUAGUCUUGAGAGUUAAAUUUGCAGUUAUGACUGCAUUUUAAUGGACCCAGAGUAGGUAACAAAAUAUCUUCUACCCAUAAGCCUUGAUGAAAAUGGUACAGUCCAGACUGUUAGCAUGGUGCUUCAUGUGUAUGUGCUGCCAGUAACGAGAUUUUUUUUGAUAAGGCAUAAAAGAAACUCAUUCCUUACAUCAACUGUAAUUCCAUCAUUCCAUGUCUGUUGAUACAGACAAUAAAAAAUGUUGUGUAGUCAGUACUAAUUACUGACAUUAUAGCAUUCUCAAAUGCAAUAAAAUGCUGGUUGUUCACACUGGUAA